AUGUUCCUGGGAUCAUUGGACGUUUCGGGUCUUUCAACAUCAUACGCCCUCCUCCAGAAACUAUACAAAUUAGACAAUGAGCUGUCCAAGAAGAAGGGCCAUCAUGUUGGUGGCGAUGCCAUCGCGGUCCUGGCUGCAAAAGCCUCCACUGCUAUUGCGAGUGAUUACAAGUACCACUCAGGGUACCGUAAGCAGGUGGGCCACCACAUCGGCGCUCGCUGCGUCCAGGACGACCCUCUGCUGGUGCUGGCUCUCAACUCAGCCAAGAUCGCCAGCGACAUCCUCUACAAGAAGGACUUCAACAAGUCCAAGACCAAGUUCAACCUGCCCGUGGACAUGCUGGCCUUUGCAUUGGCCAAGAAGAACCAGAUCCAGGUCAACCACACCAACUACAUCACUCGCCUCCACAACUGGACUUGUCUACCAGACUCCACUGAUGUCGUCCAGGCCAGACGGGCUUAUGACAUACAGAGUGAUGCUGUUUACAAGGAGGAUCUGAAGAUGAUGCAGGGUAUCGGAUGGGUGCCAAUAGGUUCUCUGGAUGUUGAGAAGGCAAAGAAAGCUGGCGACGUCCUGAAUGAGAGAAAGUAUCGUCAACCCCCGAGCAAAUACAAGUUCAAAAUCACCACUGAAGACAUGCCCAUGAUGUUGGCUAAGGCCAAUGCUCAGGUUAUGAACAAGAAAUCAUACGUUGAAGCCUGGGAAACUCAGAAGUCACAGAUCCACAUCAUGCCCGACGCUAUGGAUGUUCUUCUGGCCAAAGCCAACAAUGUCAACUACAGCUUGAAAAAGUAUAAACAGGCAAAUGAAGACUCCAAGAAGAAGGGCUACGAUAUGCGCGGCGAUGCCAUUUCUGUCAAAGCAGCGAGGGCUUCCACGAACAUCGCCAGUGAUUACAAGUACCACUCAGGGUACCGUAAGCAGGUGGGCCACCACAUCGGCGCUCGCUGCGUCCAGGACGAUCCUCUGCUGGUGCUGGCUCUCAACUCAGCCAAGAUCGCCAGCGACAUCCUCUACAAGAAGGACUUCAACAAGUCCAAGACCAAGUUCAACCUGCCCGUGGACAUGCUGGCCUUUGCAUUGGCCAAGAAGAACCAGAUCCAGGUCAACCACGCCAACUACAUCACUCGCCUCCACAACUGGACUUGUCUACCAGACUCCACUGAUGUCGUCCAGGCCAGACGGGCUUAUGACAUACAGAGUGAUGCUGUUUACAAGGAGGAUCUGAAGAUGAUGCAGGGUAUCGGAUGGGUGCCAAUAGGUUCUCUGGAUGUUGAGAAGGCAAAGAAAGCUGGCGACGUCCUGAAUGAGAGAAAGUAUCGUCAACCCCCGAGCAAAUACAAGUUCAAAAUCACCACUGAAGACAUGCCCAUGGUGUUGGCUAAGGCCAAUGCUCAGGUUAUGAACAAGAAAUCAUACGUUGAAGCCUGGGAAACUCAGAAGUCACAGAUCCACAUCAUGCCCGACGCUAUGGAUGUUCUUCUGGCCAAAGCCAACAAUGUCAACUACAGCUUGAAAAAGUAUAAACAGGCAAAUGAAGACUCCAAGAAGAAGGGCUACGAUAUGCGCGGCGAUGCCAUUUCUGUCAAAGCAGCGAGGGCUUCCACGAACAUCGCCAGUGAUUACAAGUACCACUCAGGGUACCGUAAGCAGGUGGGCCACCACAUCGGCGCUCGCUGCGUCCAGGACGACCCUCUGCUGGUGCUGGCUCUCAACUCAGCCAAGAUCGCCAGCGACGUCCUCUACAAGAAGGACUUCAACAAGUCCAAGACCAAGUUCAACCUGCCCGUGGACAUGCUGGCCUUUGCAUUGGCCAAGAAGAACCAGAUCCAGGUCAACCACGCCAACUACAUCACUCGCCUCCACAACUGGACUUGUCUACCAGACUCCACUGAUGUCGUCCAGGCCAGACGGGCUUAUGACAUACAGAGUGAUGCUGUUUACAAGGAGGAUCUGAAGAUGAUGCAGGGUAUCGGAUGGGUGCCAAUAGGUUCUCUGGAUGUUGAGAAGGCAAAGAAAGCUGGCGACGUCCUGAAUGAGAGAAAGUAUCGUCAACCCCCGAGCAAAUACAAGUUCAAAAUCACCACUGAAGACAUGCCCAUGAUGUUGGCAAAGGCCAAUGCUCAGGUUAUGAACAAGAAAUCAUACGUUGAAGCCUGGGAAACUCAGAAGUCACAGAUCCACAUCAUGCCCGACGCUAUGGAUGUUCUUCUGGCCAAAGCCAACAAUGUCAACUACAGCUUGAAAAAGUAUAAACAGGCAAAUGAAGACUCCAAGAAGAAGGGCUACGAUAUGCGCGGCGAUGCCAUUUCUGUCAAAGCAGCGAGGGCUUCCACGAACAUCGCCAGUGAUUACAAGUACCACUCAGGGUACCGUAAGCAGGUGGGCCACCACAUCGGCGCUCGCUGCGUCCAGGACGACCCUCUGCUGGUGCUGGCUCUCAACUCAGCCAAGAUCGCCAGCGACAUCCUCUACAAGAAGGACUUCAACAAGUCCAAGACCAAGUUCAACCUGCCCGUGGACAUGCUGGCCUUUGCAUUGGCCAAGAAGAACCAGAUCCAGGUCAACCACGCCAACUACAUCACUCGCCUCCACAACUGGACUUGUCUACCAGACUCCACUGAUGUCGUCCAGGCCAGACGGGCUUAUGACAUACAGAGUGAUGCUGUCUACAAAGCUGACCUCAAGUGGCUCCAGGGCACGGGCUGGGUCCCCAUUGGCUCAAUUGAGGUGGAGAAAGCGAAGAAGGCUGGAGACGCCUUGAGUGAAAGGAAAUACCGCCAGCCCCCCUCCACUCUUCCCUUCACCAGCACCACAGAAGCCAUGAACAUCGUACUGGCAAAGAAUAACGCCUUGACCAUGAACAAGCGUCUUUACACCGAGGCGUGGGAGAAGGACAAGACCAAGCUUCACAUCAACCCCGACACCCCUGAGAUCGUCCUCUCUCAUCAAAACGCUAUCAACAUGAGCAAGAAACUGUACAGACAAGGUUAUGAGGCCACCAUCAACAAAGGCUAUUUCCUACCAAGUGAUGCAGUGUCUGUCAAGGCUGCGAAGGCCUCCAGGGACAUCAUCAGUGAUUACAAGUACAAGACAGGGUACCGUAAGCAGGUGGGCCACCACAUCGGAGCCCUCAGUGUCCGGGACGACCCGCUGAUCGUGCUGGCUAUGAACUCUGGAAAGAUCGCCAGUGACGUCCUCUACAAGAAGGACUUCAACAAGUCCAAGACCAAGUUCAACCUGCCAGUGGACAUGCUGAGUAUUGAACUGGCCAAGAAGUGCCAGAUCCAAGUCAACCACGCCAACUACAUCACCCGCCUGCACCAGUGGACCUGUCUGCCGGACUCCAGUGACGUGGUCCAGGCCAGGAAGGCCUACGACCUGCAGAGCGAUGCCGUAUACAAAGCUGACUUGGAUGAGAUUGUGGGCGUCGGAUGGAUCCCCAUUGGUUCACUUGGUGUGUUGAAGGCCAAGAAUGCUGCAAAGAUUCUCAGCGACCAUCUCUACAAGCUGAAACCAGACACACAGAAAUUUACAACCGACAUGACUUCCCUUUCCAUGGUCUUGGCCAAAACCAAUGCUGAAAUCAUCAACAAGAGAAACUAUAUUGCUGCUUGGGAGGCUGACAAGGUGAAGAACCACGUGAUCCCUGACUUACCUGAGCUUGUGCUCUCCAAAGCUAACGCUUACAACAUGAGCAAGAAACUAUACAGGCAAGGUGUCGAGGAGAUGUUCAGGAAAGGCUACGACUUGAAGUCCGACGCUGUCUCUAUUGUUGCUGCCAAACGUGGACGAGAAAUCAUCAGCGACUACAAGUACCACGCAGGGUACCGCAAGCAGGUGGGCCACCACAUUGGAGCCCUCAGCGUCCACGACGACCCUCUGAUCGUGCUGGCUAUGAACUCGGCCAAGAUCGCCAGUGACGCCCUCUACAAGAAGGACUUCAACAAGUCCAAGACCAAGUUCAACCUGCCUGUGGACAUGUUGAACCUCGAGCUGGCCAAGAAGUGCCAGCAGCAGGUCAACGACUUCAACUACAGGACUCACCUGCACAACUGGACCUGCCUGCCGGACUCCACCGAUGUGGUCCAGGCCAGGAAGGCCUAUGACCUGCAGAGCGACGCUGUUUACAAGGCCGACAUGCAGUGGCUCAGGGGAACGGGUUGGGUCCCGAUCGGGUCAGUCGAUGUGGAAAAAGCCAAGAAAGCGUCCGAGAUCCUGAGUGAAAUAAAGUACCGUCAGCAUCCCAGAAACUUCAAAUUCACAGCCAAGACAAGUGACAUGCCGUAUGCCCUGGCUCAGGCCAAUGCCCACAUCAUGGACAAGAAAGCAUACACGUCCGCCUGGGAGAAGGACAAGACCAACCUCCACAUCAUGCCGGACACGCCAGAGAUCAUCCUGGCCAAGCAGAACAAAAUCAACACCAGUCUGAAACAAUACCGUGAAGGCUACGUGGACGCCAUCAAUAAAGGCUACUACCUUCCCAAAGAUGCCAUUUCUGUGUUGGCAGCCAGGGCCUCCAGAAACAUCAUCAGUGACUACAAAUACAAGGCCGGCUACCGCAAGCAAUGCGGCCACCACAUCGGCGCGCUCAGCGUGCGGGACGACCCUCUGAUGAUGCUGGCCGCCAACGCAGCCAAGAUCUCCAGCGACAACAUCUACAAGAAGGACUUCAACAUGAACAAGACCAAGUUCAACCUGCCGCCGGACAUGCUGACCAUCGAGCUGGCCAAGAAGUGCCAGCAGCAGGUCAACGACUUCAACUACAGGACUCACCUGCACCAGUGGACCUGCCUGCCGGACUCCACCGACGUGGUCCAGGCCAGGAAGGCCUAUGACCUGCAGAGCGACGCCGUGUACCGAGCCGACAUGGAGUGGCUGAGAGGCUACGGCUGGUCGCCCCAAGACUCCGUGGACGUCGUCAAAGCCAGAAACGCUCAGGCCAUCAUCAACGAGAGGCUGUACCGCCAGCCCCCGAGCUCCUUGAAGUUCACCAGCGUGGUCGACCUCCCGGCGAUCGUGUUGUCCAAGCAGAACGCCAACAACAUCAGCGACUGGAAGUACAGGGAGGUCUGGAACAAAGACAAGCUCUCCUUCCACCUGCCGCCGGACAUGCCCACCUUAGUGCUGUCCAAGGCCAACGCCAUCAGCAUCAGCAACAAGCUGUACACAAAGGCAUGGGACACCCAGAAGGCCAAAGGCUACCACAUCAAGGAGGACGCUAUCGCCGUGCUGAAGGCUAAAGCCUCCAGAGAUAUCAUCAGUGACUACAAGUACCACGCAGGGUACCGUAAACAGGUGGGCCACCACAUCGGCGCCCGCUGCGUCCAGGACGACCCGCUCAUCAUGCUGGCUAUGAACUCGGCCCGGAUCGCCAGUGACGCCCUCUACAAGAAGGACUUCAACAAGUCCAAGACCAAGUUCAACCUGCCGCCGGACAUGUUGAACCUCGAGCUGGCCAAGAAGUGCCAGAUCCAGGUCAACGACUUCAACUACAGGACUCGCCUGCACCAGUGGACCUGCCUGCCCGACUCCACCGACGUGGUCCAGGCCAGGAAGGCCUACGACCUGCAGAGCGACGCCGUGUACAAAGCUGACCUGGAGUGGCUGCGUGGAUGUGGGUGGGUGCCACACGAGUCCGUGGAGGUGAUGAAGGUGAAGCACGCGCAGAAGGUCCUGGCCGAGAGAGGCUACCGCGUCAAGUUGGAUAAUCAGAAGUUCACAGUUCCCACUGACAGAGUCGACAUGAUUUGUUACAAGAAUGCGGCCAACGUCCUGAACGAGGCUAAAUACCGCGAGGCCUGGCACAACGACAAGACCAAGUUCACGGUGUUGGACACCCCCAUUCUGGCCACAUCCAGAGAGGUGGCGAAGAACCUUCACCCGAAACUGUACACCAAAGCCUGGGACUCGGCCAAGGCCACCGGCUACUUCAUGCCUGGAGAUGCCGUUCCCAUCAAGCAGUGCAUCCAAACCAGUAAAGUGCAGAGUCAACACAAGUACCUGGAGAGUUACCGCAAGCAGGUGGGCCACCACAUCGGAGCCCUCAGCGUCCGGGACGACCCGCUCAUCAUGCUGGCUCUGAACUCGGCCCGGAUCGCCAGCGACGUCCUCUACAAGAAGGACUUCAACGACUCCAAGACCAAGUUCAAGCUGCCGGUGGACAUGCUGCAGUUCGAACUGGCCAAGAAGUGCCAGAUCCAGGUCAACGACAACCUCUACAGGACCCGCCUGCACAACUGGACCUGUAUGCCGGACCAGACCGACGUCAUCCAGGCCCGCAAAGCCUAUGACCUCCAAAGCGACAACGUGUACAAGGCCGACAUGGAAUGGCUUCGUGGCUGCGGUUGGGUGGCGGCUGAAUCCGUCGACCACGUCAAGGUCCGGAGGGCCCAGGAGAUCAUCAACGAGAGGCACUACAAGAAGAGCGCCCAGGACUGCCUCUCCAAGUUCACCCACGUGGUGGACCGUCCUGAGCUCAUCUUGGCGAGGAUCAACGCUGCAAACCUCAGUGAUCUGAAGUACCACGAGACCUUCAACGCAGAAAAGGGUCACUACAUCGGUUCAGAAGACACUCCUCAACUGGCUCACAGCAGGGAGGUGUCCAAGAACAUCAGUGAGAAACUCUACAAACAGCAGUGGGAUGAGUCGAAGGCGACCGGCUACCAGCUGAACCAUCAGUACAUCCCACUGGUCAGCGGCAAGAAGGGCCGGGAGAUCAUCAGUGAUGCCAAGUACCAUGACUCACAUGAGAAGGCCAAGGGUCACUACAUGGCCCAGACGCUGGUGGACUUCCCCGAGGUGAUGCGCUGUGGACAGCAGGAAAAGAACAAGGGACUGAGGAUCUACACAAAGGACUACCACCACAACAAAACCAAGAACCACCUCCCACCCGACGUCAUCGCCAACAAGGUUGCUAAGCGCUGCCAGGACAUGCUGAGCGACGUCCUCUACCGCACAUACCUGCACCAGUGGACAUGCCACCCUGAACAGAUAGAGCUCAUCCGGGCCCGCAAGACCAACGAGAUUCUCAGUGAUGUGUUCUACAAGGAAGACCUGAACUGGAUGAAGGGAAUGGGCUGCUUCGUCUGGGACACGCCGGAGAUCGUCCGGGCCAAGAAGGCCUACGAGCAGCAGAGUGAGCUUAAAUACCGACACGAGGCCAAGAAAGAGUUCAACAACUACUCCAUCGUGACCGACACCCCGGCCUACGUGACCGCUGUCCUGGGCAACACCUGGGCCAGUGACCUCAACUACAGGGAGGCGUACCACAAGGAGAAGCACCUGUACACCACGGUGCUGGACACCUACGACUACGCCAGAUGCCAUGACUUCAAGCACUUCUUCAGCAACAAAGAGUACAGCUCCGCCUGGGACAAGAUCAAAGCCAAGAGCUACCGGAUCCCCCACGACUCGCACGCCAUGCAGCACGCCAAGCAGCAGAAAGUCAUCCUCAGCGGCGUGAAGUACAAGGAGGACUACGAGAAGUUCAAGUCCCUCUACAGUCUGCCCAAGUCCCUUGAGGACGACCCCUCCACCGCUCGCUGCGUGCGAGCUGGGAAGCUGAUCCUGGACCGUCUCUACAGGGAGGACUACGAGAAGACCAAGGCCAAGAACCACAUCCCGCCCGACAUGCUGGAGAUCCUGUCUGCCCGCAAAACCCAGUCCAGCGUCAGCGAGAUCAACUACCGCAAGCACCUGCACCAGUGGACCUGCCUCCCCGACAUGCAGGUGUACACACAGGCCCGCAAGGUCAACGAGCAGCUCAGCGACAUCUUCUACAAGGACGACCUGAACUGGCUGAAGGGCAUCGGCUGCUACGCCUGGGACACGCCGGAGAUCAUCCGGGUGAAGAACGCCGGAGAUCUCCAGAGCGAGAACAAGUACAGAGCCAAAGCAGUGGAGUCCUUCAAGGAGUACUCCGUGGUGACGGACACGCCGGUGUACGAGACGGCCAAGCAGAACUCUCAGAACCUGAGCGACCUGCACUACCGCUACGACUACAACGUCAACAUCAAGGGAAGCAGCAGCGCUCCGGCUGUGACGAUGGACACUGAGAGGGCCCGGCAGGCCAACUACAUCCAGAGCGACAACUGGUACAAGGAGGCCAACAAGAACCUCAUGCCCACCGGCUACACCCUCCCCAACGACACCCCUCUCAUCAAGCAGGCUAAGCUGAACAGCGUCGUCAGCAGCUACGUGAAGUACAAGGAAGCCUACGAGAUGAUGAAAGCAAAGGCCUACACGCUUCACCCAGAGGGCGUCGACUUCGUCACCUCAAGGAAGGCCAACAAGAUCAACAACAAUCGUCUGUAUCGGGAGGCCUACCACAAGCAGAAGGAUAAGAUCCACACGACCUAUGACACGCCGGACAUCCGACAAGUGAAGAUGAACCAGAAGCACCUGAGCGACCUGUGCUACAGAGAGAAGUACUACAAAAGCCGGGGCCAGCUGAUCUCCCUGCCCAUCACGCCCCAGCUCAUGCACUGCUACCACGUCAACGAGAUCACCAGCGAGCUGAAGUACAAAGAGGAUCUGACAUGGCUCAGAGGACUCGGCUGCUUCCUGUACGACACACCGGAGAUGAUCCACUUCCGCAACAUGAACAAGCAGCGGCUCAUCUACAAAGCCGAGAGCAAGGAGAUCAUGGCGAAGGUCUCCACCACCGUGGACUCAGUGGACAUCGUGAGGGCCAAAUGGGCCCAGCAGCUGACCAACAUCUUCCAGUACACCAACGUGGCCAGCAGGGAGAGGAGUCACUUCACUCAGGAAAUAGAAACUCCAAACAUGGACCAUGCCAGGAGGAUGAAGGUGGUCUGCAGCGACAACAAAUACAAAGACCAGUAUGAGAAGAUGAAGCACAGGUACACGGCCAUCGCUGACACGCCUCUCCUGAUCCGGGCCAAGAAGGCCUACCUGCAGUCCAGUGACCUGCGGUACAAAGAGACCUUCGAGCUCUCUAAAGGUCACUACCACACGGUGAAGGACGCCCUGGACAUCACGUACCACCGCAGGGUCACGGAUGACAUCAGCGAGGUGAAGUACAGAGAGAAGUAUGUGAACUCUCUGGGAACGUGGAAGUCCAUCCCCGACAGGCCCGAGUUCUUCUACAGCAAAAUAGCCAACGACAACAUCAGCACCGUGAAGUACAAGGAGGACCUGGAGUGGCUGAAGGGCAUCGGCUGCUACGUGUGGGACACUCCUGAGCUGCUUCAGGCCGAGAAGAACAAGACGCUGUACAGCGAGAGACUCUACAAAUCCGGCAUGGAGAAGAACAGAGGAAACUUCAAGUACACCUGCGACACGCCAUUCUUCCAGGCGGCCAAAUACGCCUCCACCCUCAUCAACAACGCAAAGUACAUAUCCAAAGCUAAGGAUCUGCUAAAGAGUGGCUGCAAUGAGCUGCACCGCCCUGACAUCCUCACGGCCCUUUACCAGACCAGUAUGAGCAGUAAGUGGAGAUACAGGGAGCAGUACGAGCGGGCCAAGGACAAGUUCACCUCGGUGCUGGAGACGCCCGAGUACGAGGCCCACCGGCGCUGCAAGAAGAUCACCGACAUCGUCUACAAGAUGGAGCACAACAAGACGAAGGCCAAGGGCUACACCUUGCCCUAUGACACGCCCCACCAGCAGCACAUGAAGAGGGUCAAGGACAUCACCAGCAACCUCAAGUACAGGGAAGUGUACGAGAAGAGCAAAGCCCAGAUCAACAUCGACCCCGAGGCCCAUGAGAUCCGGGCGGCCAAGCAGGCCUACAAGAACAACAGCAAUCUGGACUACAGGAAGAAGUACCAAGCCACCAAGAACAAGUGGAUCUGGACCGCAGACAGACCCGACUUCCUCAACGCUGCCAAGAACUCGCUGCAGCAGAGUGAUGUCGAGUACAAGUACGACAAAGAGAUGAUGAAGGGAUGUGUGAUUCCCGUGGUGGACGACAAGUUGACCCUCCUGGCCAUGAAGAACGCAGAGAUGUCCAGCGAGCUGAAGUACAGGGAGAAGUACGAGAAGACCAAGGGCCACUACGUCCCCGUGGAGGACACGCCUCAGAUCCUGCACGCCAAGGCAGUGCGCUCGCUGGUGUCAGAGAGCAAAUACAAGGCGGCCAGUAAGAAGGACAUGCAGUGCGGCUCGUUCACCACGCUGCCGGAGACCCGCGACACCGUCCACAGCAAGGAGGUCAACAAGCUCAUCAGCGGGAAACUGUAUAAAGCCAAGUUUGAGAAGGAGAAAGGAAAGUCCAGCUACAACAACAUGGCGGUGCCUCCUGAAGUGCAGCACGCCAUGGGAGUGGCCAAGAGUCAGAGCGCCGUCGCCUACAAGAAAGAAGCCAAAGCCAACCUCCACUACACCAGCCUGGCCGACCGGCCCGACAUCAAGAAAGCUACGCAGGCCGCCAAGCUCAUCAGUGAGGUGGGCUACCGGGAGAAGGCCCGUGCGGAGGCGAGCCGCGGAGGAUCUCUGGUCCACCGCCCGGACAUCGCUCUGGCCACCGAGGUGUCCAAGCUGAACAGCCAGGUGGAGGUGAAGCCCUCCCUCCACGGAGCAGCUUCCUAUGACACCCUCCAGAUGCGCCACAUUAAGAAAAUGAGUUCUGUGACCAGUGAUCUGAAGUACAAGGAGAAGUUUGAGAAGGAGAUGAAAGGAAGGAGACCCCAGUAUGACCUGAAGAACAGUAAAAUAUACCAGACGCUGAAGGACGCCACCGUGCUGGCCAGUGAUGUGAAGUAUAAGGGCGACCUGAAGAAGCUCCACAAGCCGGUGACCGACAUGGCCGAGUCUCUGUCCAUGCAGCACAACCUGAGCACCAGCAAGCUGUCCAGCAGCUACGUCUACAAGAAGAAGUUUGAGGAGAGUAAAGGUCACUACCACAUGACCUCCGGCACACCAGAGCAGCUGCACCACAGGGAGGCCUCGGACCUCCAGAGCAACGUGAAGUACAGGGAGAAGUACGAGCGGGAGAAGGGGAAGGCCAUGCUGGACUUUGAGACGCCGACAUACGUGACGGCUAAAGAGUCUCAACAGAUGCAGAGUCAGAAAGACUAUAAGAAGGACUUUGAGGAGCACAUGAGGGGCAAGAACCUCUCAGGGCUGGAGGUCACGCCGGCCAUGAUACAUGUCAGGCACGCCACCAGAAUAGCCAGCGAGGUAACUAAGAGGACCCCCCAGACCCCCGGAGGACCCCUCACCCCUUAUAAUCACACUAAGACCCCCUACUGUGAUUGGCUGGACCUGCAGGAGGGCGUGAGGGGCCGAGGGCUCUCGGCGCCGCAGGAGACUCCGGAGCUCUUGAGAGCCACCAACGCCACGCGCAUCCUGUCUGAGAGAGAGUACAAGAAGUCUGUGGAGCUGGAGAUCAAAGGCAAGGGGAUGAUGGCUCUGGCUACCGACACGCCGGACUUCAUGAGGGCCAAGAACGCCACGGACAUCCUGAGUCAGAGUAAGUAUAAGCACACCGCUGAGCUGGACCGGGCCUGCUACACGAGUGUCAUCGACACCCCGGACAUCCUCCACGCUCAGCAGAUGAAGAACAUCAUCAGUCAGAAGAAGUACCGGGAGGAGGCCGAGAGGGCCAUGUCUCACUACGUCCCCGUGCUGGACUCUCCGGAGAUGCAGAGAGUCCGUGAGAACCAGAAGAACUUCAGCACGCAUCAGUACCAGAGUGACCAUAACAACCAAAAGGGCAAAGUGUCUUCUGUUCAGGACACGCCUGAAAUGCUGCGCGUUAAAGAGAAUACAAAGAAUUUCAGCUCGAUUCAGUACAAGGAGGAUCUGGGAGGGGGGACCUCUCUGGCCGAGACCCCCGAGAUGGAGCGAGUUAAACACAACCAGCGCAACAUUAGCACGGUUCAGUACCGGUGCGGAGUGGACCACGGCACGGCGGUGUCCAACACCCCCGAGAUGGAGAGAGUCAAACGCAACCAGCACAACAUCAGCACGGUCCAGUACAAGGACUCCCCGGGUCCGGGCACGUCCAUCCCGGACCUGCCUGAGGUCCAGCGGGUCAAACAGAGCCAGAAGAACAUCAGCUCGGUGUUGUAUAGAGACAGUUCAGCCAAGGGAACCCCUGUGGUGUUCACCCCCGAGAUGGAGCGGGUCAAACGGAACCAGGAGAACAUUAGCUCGGUGCUGUACUCGGACAGUUUCCGUAAGCAGGUCCAGGGCAAGGCAGCCUUCGUCCUGGACACGCCAGAGAUGAGGCGCGUCAGGGAGACGCCGCGCAUCAUCUCUGGGGUGAGGUACCACGAGGACUUUGAGAAGAGCAAAGGCAGCUUCACGGCCACCGCCACCGACCCGGUGAUGGAGCGCGUGAAGAAGAACACGCUGGACGCCAGCGACAUCAACUACCGCGGCAUCCAGCGCCACGUGGUGGAGAUGGAGAGGAGGCGCACCAUCGAGCACGACCAGGAGACCACCACCGAUUUGCGCGUGUGGCGCACGAACCCCGGCUCGGUGUUCGACUACGACCCGGCGGAGGACAACAUCCAGUCCAGGAGCCUCCACAUGAUGUCAGUUCAAGCUCAGCGCCGCAGUAAAGAACACUCGCGCUCCACCAGCGCGCUCAGCGGCGACAAGUCGGAGCCGGAUGAGCCGCACAUGUCGCUGUACAGCAACGGCUUCAUGGCGUCCUCCAGUGGUUACCAACAGGCUAAGACCGUGGAGCUGCAGCAGAGGUCCUCCUCCGUGGCCACGCAGCAGACCACCGUGUCCUCGGUGCCCUCACACCCCUCCACCACCGGGAAAACCGUGCGUGCCAUCUACGAUUACGGCGCGGCCGACAGCGACGAGGUUUCCUUCAAAGACGGCGACGUCAUCGUGAACGUCCAGGCCAUCGACGAGGGCUGGAUGUACGGCACGGUGCAGCGCAGCGGCCAGACCGGCAUGCUGCCCGCCAACUACGUGGAGGCCGUCUGAGGAGGGAGGGGGCGGAGUCACUCCAUCGAGACUCCGUGACCUUCCCGUGAAUACCUCUGAUCAUAUGAAUGACCUUUGAGAGCCCAAUGCUUUGUAUAUUCAACAACGAUAAUAACAAUACAUGAAAACACUUCUUUUCUCUAAUUGUUCCCAUUAUGUCUUCACUGGGAAUUCUAUGGAGACAAAGAAAAGACAGUCAGCCUCCACGAUGAAGACGAAGACGAAGAGUCGAGCCUUUAACCCGACGGCCGGCCACCAGUAGAAUGUUUGUUUCUCUGAUUAUUGAUCAGUAGCUAAUAAAGAUCACUGCUGCAGCC